GGCGGCGGGGCGGGAGGUGGGCUCCUGGAGAAUGCCAACCCCCUCAUCUACGAGCGCUCUGGUGAGCGGCCCGUGACCGCGGGCGAGGAGGACGAGCAGGUUCCCGACAGCAUCGACGCGCGGGAGAUCUUCGAUCUGAUUCGCUCAAUCAAUGACCCGGAGCAUCCACUGACGCUGGAGGAAUUGAAUGUAGUGGAGCAAGUCCGGGUUCAGGUGAGCGAUCUAGAAAGCACAGUGGCCGUGGCCUUUACCCCCACCAUCCCGCACUGCAGCAUGGCCACCCUUAUUGGCCUGUCCAUCAAGGUUAAGCUGCUUCGGUCCCUCCCCCAGCUCAACAAGCAGCUUGCGGAUAAGGAGCGGGUAGCAGCAGCGCUAGAGAACGCCCACCUGCUGGAGGUUGUGAACCAGUGCCUGUCAGGGCGCUCCUGAGCCUGGCUUGUGCCCUGGCUCCACCUCCAUCCAGAGUUCAUAGUCUCCUUUUCUUAAGUCGCUGACAAUGAGAAACUUAACAUUUAGCAUUUUGUAAUUAAACCUUUAAUUUAUAUUCA